AUGUUAGAGAUAAAUUCAGGUCACUGGUCUGACCGCAUAAACAUUGUUGGAUGUGGUAGAAGCACUAUAACAAGUUUGGCCAAACUUACGGCAGAAGUGUUAGAUCAAGGUACAGGAAGUCGAGUUAAACGCGACAUAGAAAUCGAUAAUAGAUUGACAAGUUUCGAACUCAUUCCUCUGAAACCCGGAUAUUAUCGCGAUUCUUCAAACAUAUCUAUAUUGAUAAAAUCAACAGGUCUAUCUUCGAUGAGAGCCCAAGAGGUGGAAAUUAAUGUUCGAUGUAUUUCCACAGAUAAAAAACAAACUCUUAAUUUGAGAAGAUAUAAGGGAGUAAUUGGUUUGCUUCUAACUAUACCAUUUUCACCCAACUUAUAUGAACAUAGUUGUCGAGUAAUACUUAUACAGGGUCGCCGCAAAAUUAGUGGGCGGUUCUCGCGCCCCGUCACUUUGGUGCUACCAUCGGUUGAUCAUUCAGAAUGGAUACAGUAUGGUUGGAUUCAGUGGUCACUUCCCAGUAAUGCAACAUAUCGAGUUGGAGAAAAAUUUCGAGCUUCAGUGCCAUUACAUUUGGCAUCAAAAUUGAAUUAUUUGGUCUUGUGCCAGGAUGAAACUAUCGCGGAAGUCGGUCAUGUUCGUGAUGAUGGUAAAAUAAUAUUUGAAACGACAGAUGUUAUGGUACCUUAUUGCGCAUUGCACGUGUUUAGCGCAAGUGGAACAAUACAAAUAGAUACGAUUCUCUUUUUUGUUGAAUCAUUCUGCAAGAAUUCAUUAUCAGUUUCCAAAACACUAGUUAAAGUAAGUGACAACUUGACGGUAGCAAUAAAUGGUCGUUUCAACAGCCUCGCCUUACUAUCGGCGGUCGAUAUACGAAUGCACGAACUCAUGCAGAAACAUUUAUCACAUUCAAGAUCUAAAUACUGGGACUUGUCAGUGAUGGAGCGUUCCUUACGAACAUUAUUUCUUGGUUUCACUGAUUCCAAGAAUUUAAAAAACGAAAUAGAAGAAACAUGUGAAGAAGCCGGUGUGCUAAUGUUACAGCAUCUGAAACGUUGUCCAAAUUUUAUUGAAUCGCCAUCAGCCAUUUCAAAUAUUUGUUUGCGUUCCUUCAUUUUGGCUUGUGAACGCCUGACUAGCCAAACAACCACAAGCAAGGUAUGCGAUCGGAAAACUGGACAUGGUUGUGGUGUCGACAAAGAUGGUAGUGCGGUGAAAUUGGCUUCUGCUCAAGUGCAAUGGAAAAGCAUAAGUUUCCUAACACGUAACCGAACAACACUUGACGAUUCUUCUUCUGUUUUAUUCCGAGAGAAAACGGAUUUAAGUGCGGUAAUUCGACAAUAUUUUCCAGAAGUUUGGCUUUUCGAAGACUACAAUCUCGGGUCCUCAGGUAGGCUGAAUCUAACGAUCCGAGUACCAGAUACAGUAACGCAAUGGUCUGUCCAGUCUUCAGCAUGGACACCGGGUGAUCUUACAAUUUGUCGCAGUGCUCCAUUGAUUAUAUCUACACAGCAAAAGCUUUAUAUGACAGUCGAUCUUCCACAUCAUGUCUAUAUCAAUGAAUCUGUUACCGCACGAGUCUCAAUUUUUGCCGAAAAAAUAGAAGAGGACAUGACGCUCUCGGUUUGCAUGAUGAAACUGGCUAGACACGUAUGCGCUGACAUGGGUGCAUAUGGCGAACGAGGUCAGCCCGCUUACACCCGAAUUCAUCUUACAACAACAGUUACAACUUCUGUCAGAAUAUUUGCCCUUAGAUUUCUGCGUCUUGGAGAAGCAGAAGUUAUAUUUACGUUGAAAGAAGAAAUAUCAUACCCUGGACGGUACCACUGUGAUGUAGGUGAAAUAUUCGACGUUGUCAAAUUGAAAGUUAUUGUCUCUAAAAGGAUAGAAACAACGGAAUAUUUUAAACGAUUGAUAUUGAAUCCACGCAAAGCACUUAGUCUUUUAACGCGUACUGUUAAUGUACAUUAUAUAAUGGAGAGUGAAAGAGGAAAGAAGAAAAAUGUCAUUGAUUAUAAUGAAUAUCGAAGAGAGCGAGAUCCUCACAAAUUAUUUACUAAUAUUAGCAUUAAUUUACCUGAUACUGAAUCGAUCUAUGGCAUUACUAUCGAUUUUUCUCAAUUCUUAUCAGAAGGACUAAUUCUGGAUUCGACCACUCAAAAUGAAGGAAGUUUACGAUUUAAUUAUCGUAGGAAAAGAACUAUUUUGGGAUAUGAGUCGUUCCUCACUGAUAUUAUCAACUCAUUUGCUCCAACAUUAUAUCAGUUCAAAUCACUAGAUCCUCUUGACAAAAAGACUUAUCGUGAAUUUGAAUCUUUAGAUGAUUCCAUUGGGUCAUUAACGUCUGCGAUGUUAACAUUCUCCAACUGUCAUGGUGCAACCUCUCGAUCAUGCGCUUUCUCCAAUUACAGGAAGCCAAAACAGCUUCACGAAGAAUCAUUCUUUUUGACGACGCUAUCAACAUCAUUGCUUUGUGAAGCUGCCGUUGAUGAACGGAUUGUUUGUCCAUUGCUCAGCUAUCUUUUGAAUGAAAUGGCUAAAGAUAUGGAUUCUCAGCUUCCGGUGGAUUACUUUCUGGAUUAUAUGGAUUUCACAACUGUGGAAGAUAGGUAUUGGUUUGUCAAAGCAAUGGUAAAUCAGUUGGCUUCCGAUUGUGUUGUGUACCAGUGUGCGCGUAACGAUCGUGUUUGGAUUAGCUUGCGGAAGAGCUUCUUCAGCCUUCCAGAUCAUACUGCACUGAAUAUACGUACUGUGGCUGCACUAGCGUUCAUGGCCCCACGAUCUGUGAGCAGUAUCAUGCGAAUUAAGCUGUACUCUGUUGCGAAAGAUGGCAUGCCUCCAUAUUGGACAACUGAAAGAACGUCAAGUAGUAGUUCACUGCUGGCAAAGCUUGGAUUCGGAUUUAGCGAUAAUAUGAAACAUCGAAUUGCUAUGAGUGGUGAUUUACUGAUCAAUUCGCUGGGUUUGUUGGCAUUCGUAAGCCGCAAAGUGGAUCCGAUGUUUCCACUAAUUGAACUCGAUCUGUUGGCUGAUUGGAUCUACGAGCAACUAAACGAAAAUGGACAAACUCCGUUUGCAUUGGAUGCAUAUUUUGCAAAUCGAGCAAUUUAUGAGUACCGAAUGCAGAAAAUGAGUCGACGUGACAAUGAUCAUAAUCGAGUAACGGUUCUUUGUAAACAGUGUAAAUCGAUGGUGCACAAUGUAAGCAGUAUACCGGUCAUGUUUUAUUUGCCAGUAGCAGUGCGUAAUAUAACAUUGGUAACAGAAGGAAGUGCAAAAGUUCGGACAAGAAUUCGAGUUCUAACUACAAAAAGAAUGCGAUUGCGCCGUGGUUUAGAGCAAAAUGAUUUGUAUCCUACCAAGGUCACUGUAAUACAAGAUGUAGUUAGUCCGGGAGUCCUUCGACAAGAAGUUUGUUUAAAGAUUCUAACGUCAUUAAUUGAAGCGGUGGAAGUGACACACGGACUUUUUACCGGUUUCACUUCUGAUGAGAGUCUGUUCCGAAUUCUCCAGAACACAACUAUACACGGGGUUCAUCUACUGGAUAGCAUUACAAUUAGCAGUUAUGCUGUACAUUUCGUUCUCACUGAUUUGAAACCGAAAAUUCCGCUUUGUUAUGAACUGAGAAUAAUGGAACCAAGAAACACAUAUGAGCCAAAUCAAUUGGCUCCCGUGGCAGUUACUGUUCGACAUCCUCUUUAUGACAUAGCAGGUCAAGAGUUAGUGACUUAUACGGAAAGAUUCAAGCGAUCACUGUUGGAGGAAACCAUCGAUAUGGUAUGUUGGGAUGGGAGCUGUUCUUGUGCUGAGGCCAGUUGCACAGUGCGUUGCUCACAAUGUCGAAGUAUUACAAAAAAGCACUUGCAAAAUGAGCUGUGCUCAGAAAACAUGUUUGGUUCAACAGUAAAAGUAGAAAACUAUCGGAUUGAAAACCUGAGUGGCUGGGAAUAUUUCAUUAUCGAAAUAUCGCUAAAGCACUGGAAACAAAAUGUUAAGACACCAGUGCAAAUGCCUGAACGAAUUGAGGUAUUGUUGAGAACAUGUAACAUUCGUUGUCCAGAACCGAAAAUUGGAGAAGUCUAUUAUUUCAGUGGCAAUAUUAAUGGAAUUGUGGUAGACUUUAAUACCAAGAUGCACUACGUACUACGAGAUGACGAUCGAUGGGAGUUGGCAAGUGAGGACUGUGGACAUUUGUUUAGCUAUCUAAUUACCAGUGGACCAUGUUCUUCUACUUGA